UUCCACCCCCACCCAACCACCCAAAAAAAAAAGAAAGAAAGAAAAAUCCCAGAGAGAGGGGGAAAAAAGAGAUUCCUCCAAAGAAAGCAGACGAGCCUCUGGCUUCCUUCCUCAGAUUUCAAGAAUUGUGCUCGGAUCUUCUUCUUCGCAGCCUCCCACUCAACCAUGCAGCGAUCCAAGGUUGUCCUCCUGGGCCGGAGUUAUUUCUGGAUUUCUUGCCUUGUGCUUGCAGGUUUCAUCACUUUACAGGUGUGCGGACAAGGGUCAAACCGCCUGAAGUUGACAGUCCUUUCAGAAGACAGAUUACAAAUGAAGUGGAAGGAAAGCGAAGGAAACACCAGCGGGUAUAAAGUUUGUGUAAAGCCAAUGGCAGGAAGAGUUGAGCCAGGGAAGAAAAGGCAAAACACCCCACUUUUUAAGCCUGAUGAUUAUAUGCUCAAUGCUGAGCCAACGUUAAUGCUGCCAACCUUACCGAGCGUAAUAGAGUUUGAAGAGGAUUAUCUGGCCCGAAGGAAAAUGAGUAGCGACAGCUUCAGGAAAGUUUCCCAUUUCCAUUGUGAUACCUCUGCUGCAACUGAUAUUAUCCUGCUGGUGGAUGGAUCUUGGAGUAUCGGACGCAACAAUUUUGGACUCAUUCGAGAAUUCCUGGCAUCUUUGCUGGCACCUUUCAAUAUUGCUGAAGAUAAGAUCAGAGUAGGUUUGUCCCAAUACAGCAGUGACCCACGGACAGAAUGGGAUCUGAAUACGUAUUCCACCUGGGAACAGGUGUCCAAAGCCAUUCGGAAUUUGCGCUACAAGGGAGGGAACACUUUUACAGGAUUGGCGCUUACUCACGUCCUAGAGCACAACCUGAAAGAAGAAGUGGGUGCAAGGCCUGAAGCUUCUAAACUCCUCAUCCUUUUGACCGAUGGCAAAUCUCAGGAUGAUGCCAGCCCACCUGCCCAGACUUUGAAGAAUAUGGGAAUCAAGAUAUUCGCUGUGGGGGUGAAAAACGCUGAUGAAACAGAGCUGCGCCAAGUGGCCUCCGAACCCCUUGAGAUGACCGUCUACAAUGUGGUGGAUUUUCCUCUGCUCCGUUCUCUGGUCAGCAGGCUCACAUGGCUCUUAUGUGCUUGGAUCAAGGAGAAGAACCAGAAGAAUAUAGGGGAUCCAAUGAAAACCAUGUCAGCGAAAUCUGGAGUCCACUUGAGCCCAACCAAUCUCCUCUUAAAAGAAAUUACUUCCAGAAGUAUGCACCUCAUCUGGAACUCACCACUCAUAACACCCCAGAGAUACAGAGUGGUCUAUUACCCAUCGCGAGGUGGAAUUCCCAAAGAGGUUGCUCUGGAUGGAGCCACCUCGAGCGUGGAGCUUCUUAAUCUGACACCACAGACGGAAUAUCUGGUUUCGGUCUUCCCUGUUUAUGAGAAUGCUGUAGGUGACGGUCUCAGAGGCAUCAGUUCAACACUACCAUUGUCUGCGCCUCGAUCUCUCAGAACAUCUGAGAUCAGCCACAACAGUAUCAAGCUCAUGUGGGAACCAGUUGAAGGGGCCACGCAAUAUCUUAUCCUGUCUUCCUCAACACCCAACGGUGCCGAAGAUGAUACAAAAGAGCUGAAAGUUGAACACCCAGAAGUUUGGAUCAGGGGUUUGACUCCUAGCACCGAAUACUCCCUAGCAGUUUAUGCAAUGUAUGGAGAAGAUGCCAGCAACCCUGCAAGUAUUCAAGAAACUACUUUGGCCCUGAGCCCUCCAAGCUAUUUGCAUUUCUCCAACAUCAGCCAUAUGUCGGUCCAUGUCAACUGGGCGGCAGCUUCACAAGCCGUGAAAAGUCACCGAGUUAUGUAUUCCUCCAGCAGAGGAAGCAACGUAGGUGAGGUGGAGGUCCCUGGAAACGCCUCCUUUGCUGUGCUGAAGCCCCUCUCCUCACUGACACAAUAUUUUGUCCGCGUGGUCUCCGUUUACGAUGAAGGGAACUCGUUUCCAAUAAUGGGCAAUUUUACGACAUUAAAGGUGCCCCCACCGAGCCAGCUGAAGGUCACCGAGCUCUCCAGAAGUGAGGUCCAACUGGAAUGGGAAGCAUCCGCAGCUUCUGACGUGGUUCUUUACCAGAUCAAAUGGAACGUGCUUGGAGAAGACGCAGAACGGGAGAUAUCUGUUCCUGGAAACUUGGCAUCUUCCGUUUUGCCUGGUUUGAAAGAAAAUACCGAAUAUAAAAUAUCCAUCUGGGCAUACUACAAGGACGGAGCCCAGAGUGAUACCAUUUCCAUUUGGCACAGAAUCUUGUCCGAGCCUUCCUCAGCCUCUAGGACUGGCCUAGUCUCUGGCAGGAUUCAGUCCAUUGUUCUUCAUUCUCUCCUGCCUGCUAGAGUUUAUACAGUGACCGUAAUUGCAGUCUACGCUGCAGGAGAAAGUGACCCUGUAUCUGUCAUUGGCCGGACAGCUACAGUCUUGGCUCGAUUGCCCACCAUGAAAGAAUCCCAAUUUUUCAAAACAGAAGGCUGCCCUUCACUUCGCUCUACGGAUGGCCCCAUACAAGGUUUUGACAUGAUGGAGGCUUUUGGAUUGAUGGGCAAGGAUUAUGCCUCCAUCAAGGGGGUUGCUAUGGAACCUUACAUCUUCUUAGGAACUCACACCUACACUCUCUACAGAGAUAUCCAACUAACCCGGAAAACAAGUGAGGUGUUACCUUUUGGACUUCCAACUGAAUACACCCUUACUUUUCUACUCCGCCUUCUACCAGAAAGUCCCCGAGAGGCCUUUUCUAUCUGGCAGAUAACAGAUGAGGACUUCCAGCCGCUUCUCAGCAUCAUUCUUGAUCCUCUUAAGAAAUCCUUGGCGUAUUUCCAUCGUGACCAUGACGCUGAUAUAGAAGAAGUCACCUUUGAUCAACAGGAAGUGAAGAAGAUAUUCUAUGGAAGCUUUCAUAAGGUCCACGUAUUGGUGAGCCAUGGCUGGGUCAGACUCUACGUUGACUGCAAGAAAAUAGGAGAAAAGAUUCUUGGGAAAUCAGAGAUCCUUUCAACGGCAGGCUUUAUCACGCUUGGGAAGCUGACAAGAACACGAGGACCACGGAGUGGAUCAGCCAUGGGCAAUCCUGGGCGAAGGGGCAUCCAGGGAGAACAGGGGGAGCCUGGCCCCAAGGGGGAACCAGGUCCUCCAGGCCAAGCUGGACCAAAAGGGCUAGGAGGACAGCAAGGGAUCACUGGUUCGCAAGGAUUAACCGUGCAAGGACCCAUUGGACCGCCGGGUCUUAAGGGCGAUAAAGGGGACAGCGGUAGUCCAGGAAUACAGGGUAUGAUGGGUCUCCAGGGAGCAGCAGGUAAAGAUGGCCCUCAAGGAUCAAAGGGUGUUCGAGGACUUGAAGGAGCAGCUGGACCACCAGGGCCUCCAGGACCACGGGGAUUCCAAGGCUUAGCAGGGGCCCGGGGUAACCCUGGAGACAAAGGCCCCCCAGGAGAAGUCGGACCCACGGGGCUGCCUGGUCCAAAAGGAGAAAGGGGGGAGAAAGGUGAAGCACAGUCCCUGUCUACCAUCUACCAUCUGGUAAACCAAGCCUGUGAGCGUCUGAUCCAGUCUCACGUGUUAAAGUUCGACACUUUCGUUCACGAGCAAUCGCGGAAACCUGUCCCCAUCCGGGAGGAGGAGGAACUGAAGGCUGGAGAGCCUGGUCCAAUGGGUCAGACUGGUUUCCCUGGAAUUAAAGGUGAAAGAGGAGAAAUUGGGAUGCCUGGACUUCCAGGAAGAAAUGGAUACCCGGGAGAAAGAGGUGUCCCUGGGCCCAAGGGAGAAAAAGGCUCUUUUGGACAAAGGGUGGAAGGUUCUGAAGGACCAAGAGGUCAAGCAGGCCCUCCAGGAGAAAUGAUGGUUGGCCAACAAGGCUCCAAAGGACCUCCAGGUAGCAUUGGUCCCUCUGGAUUUCCCGGGGCUCGUGGUCAGCCUGGGGAUUCUGGUCCUGCAGGUAGAUGUCUUCCUACAGGAUGCCACAGAGAUAGUACAAGAGAUGCAGGGCUGAUCCCAUGACCAGAGGGACGCUGCUGUGGAUCAAUUUUAUGUUUUCAAUACUUUUUUUUUUAUUACUGCCACACCCAAAGUUU